UGCUCAAGGAGCCCGAACCACUGCAUCACUUCUUGACCGUUCAUUGACACCGCCCCCACGCCUCGCUGCGGCAUUUCGACACGGUGGUGCACCCCUGGUGAUAAAGAUGUACAGCAGCGUGCCUUUAUCCCCCCACCCACCCACCCAUCCCACUUUACUAACGACUCAAAUCACCUUGGGGCUAUGGCAACAGCAAUUUUGGGUAUUUUUUUGUUGUUGCGUGGGACCCUGCAUGUGACAAAUAAGUGUGUGUGUGGGUGAUGUGAGUAGUGGUUAGGCGGGGGGGGGGGUCUGCAGGUAUAUAUACGCGGUAUGAGAGAGGGUAUGUGAUGCUGGUCUGAAUCACAGCUCCGGCUUGUGUCUGCAGCAGCGGCAGUACCAGCGGUUGGUCAUCACGGAGUGCAGUCCUUGAGGAUUGUGUCAGCUCCAUCAGGUGACGGGAGUCGAGUUGUUCACUUUCAAGGUGAUGUGGCAGCAGGAGCAGCAGCGGGCACGGAGACGCGUGGUCCCAUCCCCCAUGUGCGCUCUUCUCAUUCUGACGGUGGCGCUAGCGGCGGCGGCGGCGGCGUCGAUUCCUGAGCAUGACGACGACCACCACCACCACCACAAACGUGGUGGCUCGGGCAGGGACGAGCUGCCACAGCUACAUCCGUCGUCAGCUCCUCCACCUUUGGCGGGGCGCAGCCGGGCGAGCGGCCCAGACUCGGGACCCGGGAUGGCGCAAAGUCGCUCCUUGCAUGGUCCGCGUCGAAGUCGGCAACCCAACCACCACCACCAGCAGCAGCAGCAACUUCGAAUGGACCACGAGGAGGACCAAGUAGCUCCGAGGGACCUCGGCUUCGCACCGAGCAGCAAGCACCAUGGAGGGUUCAACACGGACGGGUCCGCGUGUGCCGAGGUGGAGGGCAGGCCUUGUGACCGUGCAGCACAGUGCGGGGGCUGCUACGGCCUGUACACGUGCUCUCCCCUGCUCGGCGGCACGUGCACGCUCAAGAGUGUGUCUAGGAACAUUGGUGCGUUCCGGGCGAGUUUGCGCGGCUCAUCGCACAUCCUUCACAAUCACAGGAGGCACCGCACGAACAACAGCAACCGUGAAAAGCAGUAGCCGGAUGCAACACAGCCCUGCAGAAGACAUGCCACCCUAUUUAAGCCAUUGCAUAGAAUUAUAAACAUCUGUACGAGAGCUUUAUCGUAUUCUGGUCAAUGCCAAGCCACGCGAAUCAAAGUCCACGAUUUCAUGAAUUAACCGAACGUCUCAUUUGUCUUUUAAGCUGGACAAUAUGCAUACGUUUUGAUCGGAGAAACAUGCGGUACAUUAAAUUAAAUCGUUCUUGGGUAUAUUCCCCUUGGGUGUCUGCAAGCUUCCAGCACCUGACAAUAGAAAUGUUUAACAAGGUAUGAACUAAUUCGGGUUUCUUUUUGGAUUUGAUUUUGAAGGUACACCAAUUUUUGGUUAAAAACUGACAUACCAAAAAUAAAUUAUUAGUUAUAUUGGUCGUGAAAGCCCACGUAUAAAAU